GUCUCUGUCACUCUUUUGUCUUUUCGACAACGUCCUUCUUUCUUUUCUUAGUUUCGGUUCUUGUUCCUGUUCAAGCUUGGAAUUUGUUGCCUGUGUAAUACUACACCAAAAGUUGUCGGUCACUCUUUACGCCGACAUCAGGCAUUGAUUUGGCAUCAUGCUGUCCACUCUCUUGUCACUCGCGGCCCUGCCGCUUGCGACUUAUGGCUUCCUCGAUUUUCCAAUGGACAACCGCAUGGUCCAAGAGCCGGGUCUGAUCCGUUAUCCUAUUAGCGUGUCCAAGGGCGCCGAGUCCAAGAACAAGGUCGUCCGUCGCCAGAACGACGUCGGCCUCAAGGCACAGAAGACUGGCUUCUUCUACUCCAUCGACAUCCAGAUUGGCACGCCGCCUCAAGCAGUGAGCGUCAACUUCGACACGGGGUCCAGCGAGCUUUGGGUGAACCCCGUGUGCAGCAAGUCCACGGACCCCAAAUUCUGCGAGUCGUUUGGCCGGUUCAAUGGCUCCCAGACUUACACCGACCUGCAUCGCAACGGAACCAUCAACUAUGGCACUGGGUUUGCCAAACUUGAGUACGGCUACGACAAUAUUCAGAUCGGCUCCGCCAAGAUCAGUCAGCAAAUGUUCGGUGUCGCUACUGACUCUAAGUUUGCCGUUACCGGUAUCCUCGGCGCCGGCCCAAGCCUGAACGGAUGGGACAGCUCAUACCCUCUGGUCAUUGACAGUCUCGCCAAGCAGGGCUUCACGAACAGCCGUGCCUUCUCCCUGGAUAUUCGCUCCAUCGAGAGCAACCGAGGCUCCGUUGUUUUCGGCGGUAUCGACACCAAGAAGUUUUCUGGUCACCUCGAGAAGCGCCCGAUCAUUUCGGCUCGCGAAUCUCCUGACGGCCAGACCCGCUACUGGAUCUAUCUCGAUGGCAUUACCAUCUCCAAGGCCGACGGCAGCACCGUCAAGGUCUUCGACAAGCCCAACGGUCAGCCCGUGCUCCUGGAUAGCGGCUACACCGUCAGCGCCCUGCCAAAGACCAUCUUCGACGAGAUACUGAAGUCCUUCCCCGAGGCGACGCCCCCGCCGUCUGGCUCCGACCUGUAUCAGAUCCCUUGCUCCGUCGGCGAGUCUAAGGGCCACGUCAACUUCAAGUUUGGCGAGACUUUGAUCAACGUUCCGUACAACGACUUCAUCUGGCACCAAACUGAGCAGAACCUCUGCGUCCUGGGCGUUACCGUCGACGACAAGUUUCCCGUCCUCGGCGACACUUUCCUGCGCGCCGCCUACGUUGUGUACGACUGGGACAACCGCAACAUCCAUCUGGCCAACAACGAGGAUUGCGGUUCCAAGCUCGUCGCCAUCGGAAAGGGCUCCAACGCCGUCCCCUCGGUUGAGGGUGACUGCGGCAAGCCUGUGACCACGACCACUACCGCUUCGUCCAGCACGAUUCCUCCCACAACCAGCUCGGCCAAGCCCACCAUCACGACCGCCACGAACUCGACCUCUGCUGUUCCCACGACCAAGCUCACGACUUCGACUAGCGCCACGAUCUCGCCCACUCACGGCAACAACAGCACCGUCACCACGAAGCCCACCACUUCGACUCAGACUACUGUCUCGCCCACUCAUGGUAACAACAGCACCAUCACCACCAAGCCCCCGGUCACUUCCAGUUCCAAGUCGUUCCCGACCACGACUUGGCACAAUACCACUGCUCUUCCCACGUAUACUUCUACCUUCACGUCCACCAACACGUAUACCAUUACUUCUUGCCCGCCAUACGUGACUGGAUGCCCUAUCGGCUCUGUCACCACAGGCGUUGUCACGAGGACGACCACCUGGUGCCCUGGUGAGAGCAGCAGCUCCGCCUUGCCCCCAACCACGACUGCUCCUUCGUCACCCAGCAUCACGUCCGUCUACACCACCACCAAGACGCACACCGUCACCGCCUGCCACGGUGAGGGACCUUGUACCAAGGGUCACGUCACCACCGAGGUCCUCACCAAGACCACCUAUCUGUGCCCCGAGUCCACGGCCACUUGGACCAUCCCCCGCACGCACACUUGCGGCGAGGGCGAGAAUGGUUGCAAACCUGGCGAGACCAUCGUCACGAGCCACGUCAUCACCAUCGUCCCCAUCACGCCGGGGCCCGAGCCCACGCCUAUCCCCGGCUGCGACAACUGCGUCAUGCCGAUCCCGGUGCCCACGGUGCCCGCCGAGACCACCACCGCCGAGACCUCACCCGCGCAGACGCAGCCUCCCGCCCAGUCGACCCCCGUUCAGCCUCCCGUGCCCACCAACACCGUUCCCGGCACCAUCAGCACCGUCACGAGGCCGACAACGGGUGCUCCCGGCUCCGCCACCUCCGCACCGCCGUCCGUCACCGCGGGCGCUGCGGAAUGGCGCGUGCCCGGUGUCGCGGUCGUGGCCAUGGGCGCCCUGGCCGUCGCUGCAUUUUAGACACCCGAACGCGGAUAGCUGUGUGUAUAUGUGUACAUGUGUUUCAGCAAACCCGAUUUUAGACGCGGAUAUAAAUCUAGGGGAAUGCGUUGCUCGGUCGAACCGAGCCGGGGGCCAUGCCUGAUCAUAUUUGUAUAAAGCAACAGGCGCGGCUCAAUGGACUUGCCUCUGCCGGGUGGAUAGCAC